AUGCCAAGGGGCUUCCUGGUGAAGCGAACUAAACGGACAGGCGGCGCUUACCGAGUGCGCCUCGCGCAGCGGGUCUUCCCCAAGCCGGAGCCUCAGGGGGCGCCGCCCUUCCCCAAGGAGGCUUCCCGUGCCCCGCAGCCGGAUACAGAGCGGCCGGCGCCCCCUAGCCCGGAGGAGCCCGGAAAGGGGCAGGAGGAAGUGGCGGCCCGGGAACUGUCGGGGUCACCGUGUCGGGCAGCGGGGGUGAGCCCGGGGCUGCGCGGGCGGGAAGGUGCAGAGUGGAGGGUGGAUGGCAGGGAGGGACCCUCCCUCCCUGGUCCCAGGCCCAGCUCCAGCCCUGCGAAGCCGGUGGGCACGGAGCUGCGCCGGGCGUUUCUGGAGCGCUGCCUCAGCUCGCCGGUCUCCGCAGAGUCCUUCCCCGGGGGCGCCGCCGUGGCUGCUUUUUCUUGUUCAGUGGCACCAUCAGCCGUACCAACCCCAGGGGAGCAGUUCCAGCUGCCUCUCCGGGCACCAUUCCCAGAGCCCGCGCUUCAUCCGGACCCGGCGCCCCUCUCCGCCACCCUGCACAGCCUGAAGCGGCCGGCGGCUGGCGAACGCCGCGCUAAGGCGCCUCCGGGCUGCGUGUCUGGACCUGCGGCUACGGGAGUCAAGAAGCCAAAGGCUGUGAGGAAGUUGAGCUUCGCGGAUGAAGUGACCACAUCUCCCGUCCUGGGCUUGAAGAUCAAGGAGGAGGAGCCCAGAGCCCCGUCCCGGGGCCCAGCGAGCGGCCGCACGCCACUGGGGGAGUUCAUCUGCCAGCUGUGCAAGGAGCAGUACGCGGACCCCUUCGCGCUGGCUCAGCAUCGCUGCUCCCGCAUCGUCCGCGUUGAGUACCGCUGCCCGGAGUGCGACAAGGUCUUCAGCUGCCCAGCGAACCUCGCCUCGCACCGCCGCUGGCACAAGCCCCGUCCUACAGUGGCAAACGCGGCCACGGUCUCCUCGAUUGACGGGAAGCUUCCUCCUUCGUCCUCCCCGGAUCCUGGGCCUGUUGCUUUUCUGGCAAAGGGGAAGGAGAAUAGCCGGGCAGAACAGACAGAAAAUCAGCACCUGCAGCCCAGGGACAGCUCCGGGGCAGAGCAGCGCCCAGACAGCGUCCAGGCCCCGAGCCUCCAGAUGCUGUCUCACCUCGAGGCACCGCUCCCUCGGGUUCCCUACUCGGAGGGGGUGUUAGGAAGCCGGGUGCCUGGGCCGAGCACUGCCAGCAGUGUCGGGGAACCUGAGAUCUUCUUGUGCCCCUAUUGCCACAAAAAGUUCCGUCGCCAAGCCUAUCUGCGCAAGCAUCUGGGCACUCACGACGCGGCCUCGGCCCGUGCGCUUGCCCCAGGCUUUGGCUCCGAACGCGGCGCCCCACUGGCCUUCGCUUGCCCACUAUGCGGGGCGCACUUCCCUUCUGCAGACAUCAGGGACAAACACAGGCUGUGGCAUGCUGUCCGGGACGAGCUGCUCCUGCCGGCUUUGGCCGGGGCACCCCCAGAAGCUCCGAGCCCGGGAGGGGCACCCGACGGGAGUGCUCAGCAAAUUUUCUCGUGCAAGCACUGUCCGUCCACUUUUUUUAGCUCCCCGGGGCUGACCCGACACAUUAACAAGUGCCACCCCUCAGAAAGCCGGCAGGUACUGCUGCUGCAGAUGCCACUGCGGCCAGGCUGUUGA